UUGCUUUUAGCAUAUCUGUCAUGUAUUCAAACUAAAAGCCUUUCUGCUGUGAUUGAUGUUACAGGAUAAAAUAGUAAAAACAUUGUCUUUGCACAGCGUAUUUAGUAACACAAGGAGCAAUCUGGGAAUUUUUUGCUUGCUUUUGGCUAAAAGUCUAUAUUAAAUGUAAAGUCUGAUAUUAAAUGUGAUCUCACUGAAAUAUGUGAUAUUAACCACCCAGCCAAAUUUAAAUGAUUACAAGGUCAUUGAAAUCUUGGAAACAGGAUUUUCUUCUUUAACUGUGGGGUGUGUCUGCUUUUUGUGCUGAAACCACGCCCACUCGCAGGAAAGCUGCCCUUUCUCAACUUUCAAACACUGCUGCAACCUAAAUGGAUACUGAGUUGUGUUAGCCCAGCCCAAAUAAUCCAGAAAACAAAUGUGGAAAAACUAUUAAACGCUGUAACUCCACAGUUCAGUACUACAUAGUUCAGUCUUUUGUAACACGUUUCAGCAGUAUAUUCCUAAACAUUUGUAAUAUAAAAAAUAUUUUCUGAAAUGACUUUACAUGGACUUGAAUACUGUUAAGAUUCAUAGUGAAGAUGCAUUUUUCGCCAACAAAUUUUUUUUAGAGUUAUUUUGGUUCAUACUGUAGGCAGGUCAAGGGGUUUGGGAGUUAAUGAGUUAAUUUUUGCUCCUAGUUUGUUAGUAUUGUCUAUUAAGAGCAAAGUUCAGCAUGGUGUUUUCUCUUACACAUCACUUUGCUAAACCCCAAAGUCUGUCUUCUUCCCAAGACCCAAGGUCAUCUGACAUCUGCUCGGUUCUCUUGCUUAUCAUGUUUACUGCUCAGCAAUGUUACUUACCGCAUUCAGAUGCAUUUGUAUGAUCUGUUUCUUUACAUAAAGGAUUAAAAUGGGGGAUUCUUGAUCUGGACAUAAGUUUAAUGUCUCUUGUUUUUAUAAAAAGACUUCCCGGACAUGGCUUAUCCUAGUCCAUACUAAAAUGAAUGUUUGAGCUGCCUUCAUUUAAAAACAUCUUGCACUGACGUAUCUUAACAUAUAACAGUGCUGUUUUGUCUCAAGAUGCACACCAGUAUUGUUUUUUGUAAGCCGUGUUUGUAAAAACUACUUCAAUAUCCCAAUAUAAUUUAGGCCUAGUGCUGGAUUAACCCAAACCCUGUCCGGGAAACCACUCCCAAAUGUUUAUAGGUUUCAGUAAAGCUGCUUGGGGUGCACAUUGUGAAAACCUAAUCCAUGUAAAAUCAAAACCUAAUCGACUAAUUGAGCCAAUGUCAACCGUAUGUUUGGUGUUGUUCCUUAACAGAAUUAUUUGUAGUGUUAUUAUUGAUGCUCCAUCAUAUUUAAUGGAGGGGAGGGAUAUUGAAUAUUUGUUAUUUACCCUUUAUGUCCCAAAGUUCAGACUUCAUGUCAGUGAUUAACCAACAGACCUAAACUAAACCUCCCCUCUCUCUACCCCCCAUUCAUGAUCUCUGUUCCCGUUUGUUUAUUUGGACUGUAAAAGUUGGACAGAACCUUAGAGUUGCAAGUAUUGGUUGUAGCGUCUAUAAAAAGGUGUCAUUGAUGAAAAGCACUUGUUUGUGUUUGUAUGUUGAAUGACUGUAUGUGAGUUGUGUUUGUGAAAACACCAUAUGUAAGUAAGCUCAGCAAUUCCUCAAACUGAAAAAAGAUAACGCUAAAAUGGAUCAUUGUUACAACUAUUCAGAUUAGAGAAUCUGUUAAAUACAGGGAUCUACUUAACUGAUUGAAUAAAUAUCCUUUAGCUUCUUUAACUAGUAUAAGUACAGUAGAGAUGUAUUUUCUUUAUCGGCCCCCCACGUUCCAUCGUUUUCUGUCUCUGCGGCUCAUGAGCAUGGCUGACCCGCAGUCUUUGGCGGUAAAGCGUGGAGGUGGUGACCUCUGUAAGCCUACAGCCUUUCUGACAUUUGAGGACCCGCAAGCAUUUAAGGUGAAGAGUUUUGGGGAACUCAUCCGAGCACUGGGAGUCUUCAGGCUUUGCUCUUUUCCUCUGCUGGUUAGCAACUGUAAUAAGUUAAUGAGCAUUGCAAGGAUAGUGUUGGGUAAGCGAGUUUUCUCAAUGGUCCUGCGUCCAUCUGUGUACGCUCAGUUUGUUGCUGGGGAAACUGAAGGGGAGAUUGCAGAAUCCAUGCAAAAGAUUGCCUCAUUUGGGCUUCAUCCCAUGCUGGCCGUUCCUAUUGAAGAGGACCUAGGAGAAAGCACUGGGGAACGUCGAUAUGAGGACAACCUCGUAGCCAUGUUGGAAUGUGUGCACAUGUCUCACAGUAAAGGCUGGAGUAAAAAUCCAAUGAUGCAACUGAAGAUCACAGCGCUUCUUAGACCUGAGCUGUGUGUUAAGCUGACUUCCCUGUUAAAGACUAAACAGUAUGAUCUAAACUUGCUUAUUAGAGCCAUGGAAGGAGAGCAAAUCCCAUUUUCUGGCCUAUCAGAGAGUGAAAACGCACAUUUCCUGUGUGGCCUUCAGAGACUCAACAAAAUAGGAGAGGCCAGUGCUAAUAAAGUUCGUGUUCUGGUGGAUGCUGAGUACACUUAUAUAAACCCUGCUCUUUCACUCAUUACUAUGGCCAUGAUGAAGAAAUUCAAUCAACAAAGUGCCUGGAUCUGGAACACAUACCAGUGCUAUCUUAAGCUGCGUGUAUCAGUGCAGGUCAAAAAGCGCAUGAUAUGUCUGCAGGAAUCAAGGACCUUGUUGCUUGAUGCCAUUCAGACAUCUGCGGAUCAGAUGUUUUGUCUUGGUGUAAAACUUGUCAGAGGUGCUUAUAUGGACAAAGAGAGGAAUCUAGCGAAAAAGGAGGAGCGGACAGAUCCGAUACAUGAAUCAUGGGAGAAAACUAACGAAAGUUAUAAUGGAUGUCUGGAGAUUAUGCUCAACCUCAUUUCUGAGAAACCUGAACGCUACAUGAUUAUUGUUGCAACUCACAAUGAAGAAUCAGUCCGGCGGACAGUAACACGAAUGUUAGAGUUGGGGAUCAACAGAGACAGUAGCUCGGUCUGUUUUGGUCAACUACUGGGAAUGUGUGACCAUGUCUCUCUCACUCUUGCUCAGCAUGGUUUCUCAGUGUACAAGUCAGUGCCGUACGGGACAGUGGACGACACACUGCCGUAUCUGGUGCGGAGAGCUCAGGAGAACCGUACUGUGCUCCAGGGCAUCCGUAAGGAAAGAGACCUGCUGAGACAGGAGCUGCGCCGCAGAGUUAGAGAGAAGAUCACAGCGGCCAAAUAAACACAAUUCAAAAGCUUAUUUUUAUACAUUCAUAACUUAAAGAGUGUAUUUUUCCUGCACGUGUGGAAAUUAGAAAUACUCCCACCUGGAGGACAUUUGUAAUAAUUCAAAGUCAACUUGAAAUGAAUAAUAUUUUUUCCCAUUCCACCACCUCUAAAAUACCAUUUUUUUAUUUAAUGAAGUCUUUUUAUAACUUUAGUCUUUAUGAGAAAAACAAAGCUCCAGUAUUUCAGAACUCUACUUUUCAUAUAACAUUGAUAUUUGCAUGCCCAAAGUUUUAAAUCUUACAUCACUAUUUUGUAGUUUAAUUACCCAUGCAAAGUCUCUGUUACUGUUUUUAAAGCAUUUUCGCAUUAUUUCCCAUGAAAGAGAAAUGUCAUGAUGACUCAUGUCCAUAAUGUUGCUUCUUCCUCAAAAAUAAAAUGGUCUUUGAAGAGCCA